AUGGUGAACAUUCCCAAGACGAGGAACACGUACUGUCGCAAGUGCAAGAAGCACACUCCCCACAAGGUCUCGCAGUACAAGACUGGCAAGGCAUCCUUGAGCGCACAGGGAAAACGACGAUACGACAAGAAGCAAGCUGGCUUUGGCGGGCAGACGAAGCCCGUGUUCCACAAGAAGGCCAAGACCACGAAGAAGAUCGUGCUGAAGUUUGAGUGCACGAAGUGCAAGGCCAAGCGGAUGAAGCCUAUCAAGCGGACGAAACAUUUCGAGCUCGGCACUGAUUCCAAGAAGGGCAAGAAUGAGCCACCUGGUCGUACUCAGACCAUGACUCGAAGUCCAAGAGUUCAGGGCCCGUCUGUAGCCACGUCGCUCGGAUGGGGCAGGAAGACCAUCCUCGGGUGGCUCUAUGAGGGUGAUUCUUCGGAAGUGAAGGAAUUGGUCCAGACAGGCGGCCGCUACUUUGAUUUCAACUUGGUGGAUGAGGUUUGGGGCACACCGCUUCUGGCCAUCCUUGCUGGCAACAUGUGGAAUCCGUCGGAGACAUCCGAUCAGACCUUCGUAGCCAAGAAGCACCUCGCGGCUUUCUGCCUGAUGGCCGGGGCGAAUCCGGAGCAGCAUGCGCCGGACUCGUGCAGGUGGCGAGUGUGCAUUAGCUGGGCGUCAGCACCCUUGGCUGGAAACUCGCCCGUCUCCCUCACCAGUACUUUGUACAACCAGCUGGACGACGAUUGCGUACUCCCCGUGGACGCUACCACGGAGCAGGGCUGA